AUGGGUCGCAAGCUCGGCCUCUUCCGUGCCAUAUAUCUGGCGUCCGCCAGUUGCAUGGGCUCUUUUGCGUUUGCAAUUGAUACCGGCGUUAUUAGCGGUGUUCUCACGUUGCCUUCAUUUCAGCGAGACUUUCGGUAUGGUAAUGCACAGCGAACCACGAUCAACUCCAAUGCGGUGUCAAUCCUUCAGGCCGGAGCCUUCAUCGGGUGUUUCUUCACAAUGCCUGUCGCCUCGAAGUUGGGUCGCCGUUCUGGACUCAUUCUGAGCGCGCUUGUCUUCACGGUAGGGACCAUCUUACAGGUUAUUAACGCACAUACCUUGGGGACCUUCUACGCGGGCAGAGUGAUUGCCGGGGUUGGUAUCGGCGCAGCCACUACCUUAAUACCUAUGUAUGCAGCGGAAAUGGCUCCUAAGGAUAUCCGUGGAAGGCUUGGGGCUUGUUUCCAGCUAUUCUUCGCCACGGGGGUGAUGGUUGCCUACUGGGUCACUUACGCGGUGUCAAAGGACCAGGCAGACACCACAAAGCAAUGGCAAAUUGCGCUAGGACUGCAGCUACUACCCUCGACCUUGCUUCUAUUCGGCAUGUGUACAGGCAAGGAGAGUGCCCGGUGGCUCGCUGCAAAGGGGAAGAAAGAUAAAGCAUGGGAGUCAUUGAAAUGGGUCCGUGGAGGUGAAGAAACCGAGGAGCUCCAGAAGGAAUUCGAUGAGAUCCUUGCCGGAAUCGAGGAAGAGUCCCGUGUUAAGGACAACUUCACUAUUCGUGAGCUUCUUCUACCAGCGAAUCGCUACCGCAUCUUCAUUGCGUUUACAAUCCAACUGUGUGCCCAGUUGACCGGCAACACGUCGCUCGCUUACUAUGCUAAUCAGAUCUUCGAAGCCGUUGGAGCGGAGGGCGAAGCAAAACUGGUGACAGGCUUUUUUGGCGUGGUUAAGGUAGUUGGCGUGUGUGUUUUCCAAUUGUUUGUCCUUGACCGUGUAGGGAGACGAGUUCCAUUCAUGGCCGGGGCAUUUGCAAUGGGUUCAUUCAUGCUCAUCAUCGCAUGCGUCCUGGCGACCCAUCCCACACAAUCGGGCGGGUCCGAUUCCACCCCUACAAAGGCGGGGAUCGCCAUGAUUAUCAUGACAUAUGCGGAGGCAUUCAGCUUCAACAUGUCUUGGGGGCCCUUGCCGUGGCUGUAUGUCGGUGAGAUUUUCUCCAGUCGAACGCGAGAAGUGGGAGUAGCCGUCGGUGCCGCGUCGCAGUGGUUGUUCAAUUUCAUGAUGUCGCAGAUAACGCCACACGCCAUCACUAACAUCAAGUGGAGAAUGUUCCUGAUGUUUGCGAUUUUCAACUACGCGAUCGUAGUGUAUUCGUGGUUCUUCCUGAAAGAGACAUCGAAUCACUCAUUGGAAGAGAUGCAAGCGGUCUUUGGGGGAGGCGACCCUCCAAAGGAGGCCAAUCUGGCUGGAGAAAAGGGUGGAAUUGACGCCACGCGUCCACAUUGGAUGAGAGAUCCGGUCGGGACGGUCUAA